AUGGUGAUGGGAAGGCCAGAGUUGAGGGGAAUGAUGGUGAUGAGGAGAGUUUUGAUUGUGGUCAAGAUAGGCUUGUCGAUGGACCUGCAGAUUCUUGAGAAAGAAAAAGCACUUGCUUCGGUUUUGGUUUUCACUAUGGUGUUUUGGUUGGCUCCUUACCUUCCUUUGGAUUUGGCACAAUGCUUUACAUUUAGCGAACGGUUAAACAGUAACGGGAGCGACAUUGACGCUGGCUUUGCUAGCACGCGCACGCGUGGUUGUAGGAAUGCGAAUUUAGCACCUCUUGAUCUGGUGACGCCCAAUUCGUUCGACAACAACUACUUCAAAAACCUAAUUCAAAAGAAGGGACUUCUAGAGUCCGACCAAACACUUUUCGGCGGAGGACCAACCGACAGUAUUGUUUCUCAAUAUAGCAGCAACCCCGCGACGUUUAAAUCCGAUUUCGCUGCUGCCAUGAUCAAAAUGGGAGAUAUAAUUGAUCCUAUCACCAGUCAAAAUGGGCUCAUAAGGAGGAUUUGCAGUGCUCUAAACUAG